AUGGAAUAUUGUCCGAAUGGAAGUCUUCGAGAAUUCUUACGAAACAAUCGGAGUUGGUACAACGUGGAGGAAGAAUCAUUCGAUUCAGAUCUUUCCCAAGUGUUUGGUCCAAAAAAUUUGAUAUAUUUUGCUUGGCAAAUAACAAAAGGGAUGACAUUUUUGACCUCAAGAAAGGUAAAGUUUCCCCCAUCCUUUUAUAAGCCUGACCAGAUCCUGUACACACACUAUAUGUAUCAGUUUUACCCAUGUCUCUACCGCAGGCAUAGAUUGAAUAAAGAGCAGGAGUGAGUUCAGAGCCGUACGGAUAGCUCGUUGGGAAAGAGCAUAAUGCUCCUUUGCUAGUGAUAACUUCGUUUUAUUGCGAGCACAACAUUUGAUGUAAAGAGAAUCUUGUCAAAUUCUACGUAACUUUAUAUUUCGAUAUACAGUAAUAUAUUAAUGAUAUGUAAAUAAUAGGACGUCAGAAGCAGGAUACAACUCUAAAAUCUCAUAGCUAUAUUCAUGUGUAAGUCUAAUAAGUCGAACAAUCGAUAUACUUGCGAUUUCAUAUAUUUCGUACCGUGCAGUGAGCUUGACGACUUUGACGCGAUUGCAAUGUUUGAAAAUUUUCUACCAAAACAGACUUAAAUUACAUUCAUUUACCAUUACCUUUUAAUGACAAAGAAAUGUUUGAGUUAUUGUCGUUCCAGUUUAACAACCUAUCAUUCUUGGCAAGGUUGUAAACAUUAAUGUAUUUCAAAUUUUUUUCUGUUAUUCCUGCAGAUAAUUCAUCGAGAUCUGGCUGCACGAAAGAUCUUACUCGGAGGGAAAUAUGUAGCAAAAAUUGCAGACUUUGGAUUGGCCAGAGAUGUUUAUAAGUAUCAACAAUACUUAAGAACAUCAACAGUAAGUCUACAACCAUUAAUUUUGCUUAUUUAUAUUCUCACUAUUCUGAAAUGUUCAGUUUUUUGAAAAGUUACCGCUUAACUGCGCAUGCUCCAAAAAUCUAAUGAUGAAAAAAUAAUUUUAAAAAUUGCAAAGCCAGACCUAAAGGCACCAAAAUAAUUAUGCUCUCAUCUCAGUCGUGCGAAGACGUGUCGAGACAAAACUUUCAACGACGAUGCUUUCCUCCAGGUUUCAGCUUUUCUCCUUUCAUAAACCAAUCCAUAGCCUUUAUAGAUGAUUUCUAGGAAGAUCUGUUUGAAAUUGUCAUAUUUUAAGGUUUUUUGCUGGCACUGUACCUUUCCGGAAAGUACGUAUAACCUUGACUUUAAGAUCUCAUUUUCUUAUUGAGGUUUUGGUCUUUAUCUUACACAUACAAAAACACAAGUCUCGUUUGGUAAAGUGACGUACAUUCCGUAAGAAUGAUUUAAUGAAAUGUGGCAUUUUAAUUUCUAGGGACUAGUUCCUUUCAAAUGGAUGGCUGUUGAGUCUAUCAGGGACUCAUUAUUUACUGAGAAGUCAGACGUGUAAGUAAAACCGUAAGGAGAGUGUUUGUUAAACAUGUAUAAUUAGCAUCUACAAAAAUGUCCCAGAAAGAUGUGAAAUGGAAGGCCUCUUCAAAUAUUCUGGCCAGUACAAGCUGGGGAAAUAUAUUAAAUUGAAGGAGUAUAUUACUCAAGGAGGAGUUUUGAAAAUUCGCAUGCAUGUGCGAUGAAUGAGUGAUUGAUUAACUUUGGGAGAAAUGCAUCGUUCAAAGAACUCACUCAUGAGUGGGAACAGUUUUUAUUGGCGUUGCUUAAAUUGUGUACUUGAAAAUCGGAAUUCCAAUGGCACGUUUUUAUUCGAAAAUUUGAAUUGAAAGGUCUUAAUAGGAUUUAAGGUUUCUCAAUUCCAAGGCAAUAAUUGCACAUUCCGAGUAAAAGUUUGAGGGCAUUUAUUUGUUCCUAUAGUUCGAAUCAUCUCUCCGUUUAGGUGGUCAUUUGGUAUUUUACUUUGGGAAAUCUUCUCAUUGGGUGAGUAAUUUUAUGGCUUCUUUUAUUUUUCUCGAAAUUGUUAGUGUAACUAUAAACGAAUUCAAAAUCGUACAAGAUGGGGUAAAGGAAGCGGUCAGCUGCCUCCCCCGGAAAAAUUCAGGUUGGGCAAAUUGUAACAUAAGUGCGAAUUUCUAUGAGCUUUAAACGUAAGUUGGGCAAAAAUAUGGAAGGGGGGGCGAGAGAUUGAAAAGCAAGAAAUGUGUAAGACAAUAAUGAAAUAAGGAACAAAUAUGUAAUGUACCCCCCCCCCCCAGGCGCCAAUAAUUUUUUAGAUUAAGCAGAAAAACAGCUUUGAUUGGUCGGGCAAAAAUACAACAAACUCGGUGGAAAAUUUCUUUCUGGCCCACUAUCUUUUCCUCGGAUCCUGUACACCGAUGCGCGAAAUGUAUCAUCACUUUGCAUUAUUUGAAACGUACCAGCUUGGGUAUCAAUUUCAUUUAGUAAGAUAUACAAUUUGUACAUAGUCAAAGUUGUAUCACUUGCAAAAUAUAUUGCUUUCAGGUGGGACUCCUUAUCCAGGAAUGUAUGUCAAUGAAGUACAUCACUACUUGUUACAAGGAAAGCGAAUGGAACCACCUAUUCAUUGUCCUCAUGAAAUGUGA